GUCAGCUCCGACGACCCCGGGUUCCGCGGCUCCUGGUUCGCCGGCACCGUCAUCCGCCGCGAGGCGAAGAACCCUAAUCGCUACGUAGUCGAGUACGACCAGCUCUACGAGGACGAAUCUGGGGAGAAGCUGCUGCAAGAAACCCUCGAUUGGAUCCAAUUGCGUCCGCCGCCGCCGCCUCCCGAGAAGAAGAAGAAGAAGAAGGUCCGGUUCAAGUUCGGCGACGAAGUGGAGGCCUUCCACAGCGACGGCUGGUGGGAAGGGGCUAUUACUGCGGAGCACUCCGGCGGGAAAUUCGCGGUGUUCCUCAGAGGCUCAAAGGAGCAGAUUGUGUUUGAAGAGAAAGAUUUGAGGUUGCCUGUUCAGUGGGUUAAAGGGAAGUGGGAGCCGCGAUUUAAACAGGUUCAGCGGGAGAAAGAGGGUGAAGACGAGUACCUUAUUGAGUACAAAACCCUGACGAAUGAUGAUGAUACUGAGUUUCUCAGAGAAGACAUUCGUGCUUGCAGCAUAAGGCCUUGUCCGCCGGAGAUCAUUGUUGUGGAUGGAUUCAAGGUGAUGGAUGAAGUAGAUGCUUACUACAACGAGGGCUGGUGGGUUGGCGUGAUUGCAAAG